GGUCAUCCUUCCCUCCUAGAUAUGUUCGACGACUUCUCGGAAGGCAGGGAGUGCGUCAACUGCGGGGCCAUGUCCACCCCGCUCUGGAGAAGGGACGGGACGGGCCACUACCUGUGCAACGCCUGCGGCCUCUACCACAAGAUGAACGGCAUCAACCGGCCACUCAUCAAGCCCCAGCGGCGGCUGUCUGCCUCCCGCCGAGUGGGCCUCUCCUGCGCCAACUGCCAGACCACUACCACCACGCUGUGGCGCCGUAACGCCGAGGGCGAACCCGUGUGCAACGCCUGCGGCCUCUACAUGAAGCUCCACGGGGUCCCCAGGCCUCUUGCAAUGCGGAAAGAGGGGAUUCAAACCAGAAAACGGAAGCCCAAGAACCUCAAUAAAUCGAAGACACCAGCAGGUCCUUCGGGCAGCGAGAGCCUUCCUCCCACCAGCAGCGCUUCCAGCAACGCCACCGGCAGCGGCGGCAGUGAAGAGAUGCGCCCCAUCAAGACAGAGCCGGGCCUGUCGUCUCACUACGGGCACAGCAACUCCAUGUCCCAGACGUUCUCCGUCAGCGCGAUGUCUGGCCACGGGCCCUCCAUCCACCCGGUGCUCUCGGCCCUGAAGCUCUCUCCACAAGGCUACACGUCUCCCGGGAGCCAGUCUUCACAGGCCACCUCCAAGCAGGACUCUUGGAACAGCCUAGUCCUGGCCGACAGUCAUGGGGACAUCAUCACUGCGUAACCGCCCCUCUUCCCCCAUCACAUUCCCACGCGGACCUGGGACUCAGAGGACAGCAGAGGCGGAAGCUCUGGGCCCCCGGGGCCGGCCUCCACUGCCUGGGAAUGACUCCCGAAGAACCGCUGGGAAGAAACUUGAAUUGGCGAUCUGUUCAGGGGAAGUGGGUGCUGGGUUUCCUCGGGUGCCUUUUCAAAGUGGGGGGACCAGGGGGAGCCC